GCAUUUGAUGUCAAACAUUUACAUUUGAAGAUGGAACUGGAAGAAGCUUCAUAGAAUCGUAUCAACAGAGACUGAAGCUUUGAUCCAGAUUCUCUGAAAUCACACGGACUUUGCAGUAUAGGAGUGGAGCACAGUGGUAAACUGGCGUCCAGUCCGAAUCGAGCGAUGGCGGAGUUCCGCCACUCGACCUCCCUAGGAAACCGAGCCACUUCGUCUCCGAUGAAGCGGGAUGACGAAUCUUCUCCAUUCGUUCCCGACAGACAGUCCGACACCGAGACUUAUGAUCGUCAUUCUAAAGAUCGAGUCCGUUCGUUGUUAUCCAAUUUUCACUUUAUGUGGUCCUACUUUGGUGAGGAAAGUAGGUUUCAGCCUCAAAAUUCGAAGAUCUCACUUCUCUUGAUCUUCUUUACUCUUCUCAUUGGCUUGGUUUCAAUCAUUUCGUUCCUCAGUCGUAUAAAUUCCCCUUACUUGUGCACAAAAGAAGGCAUUGUUCUUCACUGCCCUGGAGUUAAGGAGCCAGCCUCGCUUUGGGAGAACCCUCAUUCAGCCACCACUUCAUGGAAGCCCUGUGCAGAGCGGCGUGUUGGUGCAAUUUCAGAUGUUGUGCAAGAGAAUGAAACAAAUGGAUACAUAUUUAUACAUGCUGAAGGUGGUCUUAACCAACAGAGAAUAGCAAUCUGCAAUGCUGUUGCUGUGGCCAAAAUCAUGAAUGCCACCCUUAUUUUGCCUGUCUUGAAGCAAGAUCAAAUAUGGAAAGAUCAAACGAAAUUUGAGGACAUAUUUGAUGUUGAUCAUUUCAUUGACUACUUGAAGGACGAUGUACAAAUUGUUCGUGAUAUUCCUGACUGGUUUACUGACAAGUCAGAGUUAUUCACCAGUAUUAGGCGGACAGUCAAGAACAUUCCGAAAUAUGCCCCAGCCCAGUUCUAUAUUGACAAUGUUUUGCCUCGGAUUAAAGAGAAGAAAGUAAUGUCCCUUAAACCUUUUGUUGAUCGACUUGGGUAUGAUAAUGUUCCUCCAGAAAUCAACAUGUUAAGAUGCAGGGUAAACUAUCAUGCACUAAAGUUCCUUCCAGAAAUUGAACAGAUGGCUGACUUACUAGCAUCACGAAUGAGAAACCGCACAAGCGGUUCAAAUCCUUACAUGGCUCUCCAUCUUAGGUUUGAGAAAGGGAUGGUUGGGCUGUCCUUUUGUGAUUUUGUGGGGUCAAGAGAGGAGAAGUCUCAGAUGGCAUUGUACAGACAAAAAGAAUGGCCUCGUCGGUUCAAGAAUGGUUCCCAUCUAUGGUCAUUAGCACUGCAGAAGCGGAAGGAAGGUCGCUGCCCUCUUGAACCAGGGGAAGUAGCCGUGAUUCUUCGGGCAAUGGGCUAUCCAAAGGAAACCCAAAUCUACGUUGCUUCUGGUCAGGUUUAUGGUGGUCAGAACCGGAUGGCGCCCCUAAGGAAUAUGUUUCCAUAUCUAGUGACAAAGGAGGAACUGGCGAGCAAGGAAGAGUUGGAUGGAUUCAGGAAACAUGUAACUAGCUUGGCAGCUCUAGACUUCUUGGUUUGCUUGAAAUCGAAUGUGUUUGUGAUGACACAUGGGGGAAACUUUGCGAAACUGAUAAUUGGUUUCCGAAGGUACAUGGGUCAUCGUCAAAAAUCCAUAAAACCGGAUAAAGGACUGAUGUCAAAAUCUUUAGGGGACCCUUAUAUGGGUUGGGCCAACUUUGUAGAAGACGUCGUAGUCACUCACCAGACUCGAGCUGGUUUGCCUGAAGAAACUUUCCCCAAUUAUGAUCUGUGGGAGAACCCUCUUACUCCCUGCAUGUGUAAAGCGUGAGUUAGUUUCCAAAUCUUACCGACAAUAUAUUAAUACUGGUGAGGGUAGAAGAUGUUUUAAGGAAAUUUGAGUGUUAGAGGUAUAGGUUUGUUUGUGAGAUUUCUUCUGUCACGGAUAUAUAUAGUUGCAAUUUUGUAUCAUUAAUGAUUAGCUUCAUUUUCUUUAUGUCAUUCAUUAAAGAUAUUUGUAAAUCCAGACUACUCUUUGAUUAACCAUUUUCACUUGGUUAUU